UUUUUUGUUCGACCUUCAAUAUUCUUACCGAUAAUACAAAGUAGGGCCAUAGCUAAUAUUGUGCCUCGCGACGCGUUCAAGGAUAGUCAAUAUCAGUUCCAUACGUUCAAGUGAUUACAACAAGUUGUCAGUUAUCAUGUUUAAAAAACAAGAAUCUUUAUUACAUGAUGUGGUCGGUGGAGCAGCAAUUGGUAUUGCAGUUGGCAUGAUAAUGGAGAAGGUUUUGUCACCUCGUACUCCGAUUGCAAAUUCUUCCACUUAUGGCAUGCAUAGUCCAGUGCAAUGGCAAUCUGGAAGUAAUCAAUUGCAGUACGUCCCAAAUCCACACCAUUGUCAUAGAAUUUGUCCAUCACCAUGCAAGCAUUAUAAACAGAAACACUGUAGCAAUGGUUUGCAUUCUGAGUAUGAAGAUUCUUCUAUCGACGAUAACAUGAGUUCUCUACAGUCGUCCAGAAUAUACGAUACUAGCACUGGAGAAUAUACAUCUUCAUCAAAGAUAUUUCCACACAUACCAUAUGACAGCACACAAUCGACUUCUUUUAAGACGAGAACUUCCAACACUGUUGCUUCAUGUAAAAUAACAAAAGAUAAUUUAACUACACCUGAUAAAAUGACAACAUUGCCCAAGAAACAAGAUUCUUCUCAAUCAAAGACUGAUGCGUCGAAGAAGCAAAGUAUAAAAGAUAAAUCUGUUGAAUCAAAAUCGAAUGUAUCAAAGAAGGAAAUCAAAAAAAAGGAUUUAACAAUCCCAGCCUAUAAGCAGAAAGUGAAUACAGUAAAUAAGCCUUCAGUUAGAAAUUGUACAUGCUCGACAAGAAAGAUAGAUGAAGCACUUACUGAUUUGCCUAAAAAAUAUAAAAUGCCUUUGUUUGAAAUGUCUUCUAAGAGCAAAACCGUCCAUUCUUCUAAGACUGAAUCUGCAGAUAUAAAAUCUAAGGUUUCUGCUCGUUCUCAAGGAGUGAAAGAAUCUGUGAAUACUUCAAAGUUAGUAAAAGCUUUACCUGAUUUAAGUACAGAAACAUCUAAAUCGGAGACAUUGAUCAAGUCUUCUAAAGACAAGACUGUUACAGAGAAAAGCAAGUACCAUGGUAUCAAAUCAUCUACUAUCUUAGAUGCUCCUUCUUUUUCACAAACUAAACAUGUUAAAUCUCUGAGUGAAACGGGUAAUCUUGCGACUUAUCACCUUACAAAGUAUAUUGAUUUGGAUUUUACAAAAACUGAGACAUCCUGUUCAAAUACUCAGAAUGAGAAAGAAAAUAUUCGUGACUUAUUGGAGUUCUGGUAGCAUUCACGGGAGAAAAGGGAAAAAUAACGCUUAAAUUAUAAUAAUGAGCGUUAUUUAAAUUAUUUUAACUAAAUGAAUAUGUAUUUCUGGUGCGCCACAAUGUCGUUUUUAUGUAUUGUUUCUGUGAGUAAUAAAUAAACGGUACCCUUUCCUAAAUAAUAACUUUGUACUAGAAUAAAUAAAUAUUUUACAAACAGA